AUGAGGGAUGCUAAGGUUUUUAAGCAACCAAUUACUAGUCAGUAUACUCUAUCUAAAGAGCAAAGUCCUAAAACAGAAAAAGAGAUUGAAGCUAUGAAGGAUGUGCCAUAUUCUAAUGCUAUAGGGUCAGUUAUAUAUCUUAUGGUAAGUACAAGACCAGAUUUAGGCUAUGCUACGAGUGUACUUAGUAAAUACAUGGAAAAUCCAGGAAAAUUUCACUGGUUGGCCAUGAAAUGGGUGUUUAGAUUCUUGCUUGGGACAACUAAAGUUGGAUUAGUCUACAAGAAACAAAAUGCUAGCACUAUAAUUGAAGGUUACAGUGAUUCAUACUAUGUUGGGGACAGAGAUAAUAGGAGAUCUACAUCUGCCUAUUUGCUUUUGAUUUGA